GGCGGCGGCAGCAGCAGCGCGGGGCGGGCGCUCCCCGCUCCGCUCCCGCCGCUCCCGGAUGGCGGCCGCGGGGCCCCCCCGGCGCGCAGCGGGCGGGAGGAGCGGCCCCGGGCGGCGGUAGCGCAGCGCGGAGCGGGCGGCAGCCAUGGCCGACCCCAGCCACAUCCAGUCGGCUGCUUCCAAGAGCAUCCGUCCCUUCCGCUCGAGCGAGGAGUACCUGGAGGCCAUGAAGGAGGACCUGGCCGAGUGGUUCAACACCCUCUACGACCUGGACAUCCAGGCGGACACGUUCCUGGAGAGCCUGGAGACGGGCUCUCACCUCUGCCGCCACGCCAACAACGUCACCCGCAGCGCCCGCGCCUUCCAGCGCCGGCACCUGGAGCCGGGCGCACGCGUCCCCCGCAACGAGGUGCUCUUCCAAGCCAAGAACGUGGCUCCCGGCUCCUUCGUCGCCAGGGAUAACAUCUCCAACUUCAUCCGGUGGUGCCGGCAGGACCUGGGCAUCCAGGACGUGCUCAUGUUCGAGACCAACGACCUGGUGCUGAAGAAGAAUGAGAAGAACUUUGUGCUCUGCUUGCUGGAGGUGGCCCGCAGGGGAGCCAAGUUCGGCAUGUUGGCGCCCAUGCUCAUCCAGAUGGAGGAGGAGAUCGAGGAGGAGAUGAGGGACCAAACGGGGACGCAGCGCCAGGAGAGCCGGGACCCACAAGCACCCUCCUACCCUGGAAGGACCCGGCCUGUCACCCUCUGCGACCUGAAGAACCUGGAUGAGCUGGUGCGGGAGAUCCUGGAAUGCUGCUCCUGCCCCUCCCAGUUCCCCAUGGUCAAGGUCUCGGAGGGGAAAUACAAAGUGGGGGACUCCAACACCCUCAUCUUCGUCCGGGUGCUCCGGAGCCACGUCAUGGUGCGUGUGGGGGGCGGCUGGGACACGCUGGAACAUUACCUGGACAAGCACGACCCGUGUCGCUGCUCCUCGCUCUCCCACCGCCAGCCCGCGCCCCCCCCCGCCUGCCCCAGCCCCGGCCCCCCCCGGCGCCCCCCCGGCAGAGCCGUGGGGCUCACGGGCACCCCCAGGCCCGGCUCCAGGCAGGACGGGGGGUCCCCGCGGGGGGGCCCGGCCCCACGGCCCGGCUCCGGCUCCAGCAGCCCCGGCAGGAGCCCCGCACGGGCAGCGGGCAGUGCGCUCAGGCCCCGCGCCCGCCGCUGCUCGGGCGACAGCGACUCCUCGGCCUCCUCCGUGCCCAGCGCCCCCUCGGGCGCACCGAGACCCCGCGACGGGGCCCAUGAGGAGCCGGAGGGGCCGUGCCCGGGCCGUGCCCCGCAGCGCUCCCGCAGCCCGGCCCCGAUCCAUGCCCCGCAGCGCUCCCGCAGCCCGGCCCCGAUCCGUGCCCCGCAGCGCUCCCGCAGCCCGGGCGCGCAGCCGCUGCUGCUGAUCAGCCGCGGGCGGGACGGGCAGCACUCGUGGUCCCGCGCCCCGCAACGGGAGGAGCCGGAGGAGCCGGAGCGGCGGCCGCGGGCGCAGCGCUGGAUGGAGCCGGCGCAGGAGCAGCGGCUGUUGCGGGAGCUGGAGCAGGAGUUCCUCACCAACACCCGCGCCAUGGCCGAGCUGGAGGAUGCGGAGCCGCCCCCCGCGCCCCCCGCGGCCCCCGGCGCCGCUGAUUCUGCCUAUUGCUCCUCCAGCUCCUCCUCAUCCUCGCUCAGCGUGUUCGCCAAGCACAGCGCUCCCGCGGAGGACGGGCGGCGCAGCGCGGACGGGACGGGGCCCCCCCUGCCCGCACCCCACCGCAUGGCGCAUGUGGGGCACCAGCCCACCCUCUCCAGCUCCUCCGAUGAGAGCGGGGACGGCCCCGGCUCCGACACGGACUGGGUACCGGGGGAGGACGAGCUGGAGGAGCCCCCCCCGCCGCGGCCCUGCGCCCGGCCCCGGCUGGACACGCAGCCCCAUAGGAAGCCGUCGAGGAUCCCCACGCCGCGGGGCUGUGGGGCAGCGCCCCCCCGCUCCCCCAAGCCCGGGGGGCACAGGCCGUGGGGGGCUCUGCACAGCGUCCUCUCCUCCUUCCUGGAGCCCGCCUGGGCCCCGCGGGAGCACGAGGGGCUGGAGGAGGACUCCUGGCCAUGAGACAGCCCCAAGGAUGCCGUGGGGUGAUGCCGUGGGGUGAUGGUGGUGGCGCCGGCACCGAGGGACCACAGCCAUGGAUGACGGCCGUGGUACCGGGUACCCGGUGUGAUGGCCACAGAGCCGGGACCUGCUGCGCUUGGUGACUGUUGGGGAUGGGUCCUGCGAGGAGCCCCCAGCCUCAGUGAGCCCUGGAUGUGCCCCGGUCCCAUGGGGCGCUGCUCCAUGGGGGAGCCACAGCGUGGCCAUGGGGGUGGCCAGAGCAGAGAGCUGCAGCCUGGGCACAAGGGAACAGGGCUGGAGAGCAACCGGUUCUUCCUUCUGCAUCCUUGCCUGUCCUCAGCCUUCUCCUCUCCUUGUCUUCCUCAUCUUGGUGUUAUCUUCUCCUCCUUUUGGCUGUCUUAUCAUCGUCAUCAUCUUCUCCUUUCCUCCUUCUCUUUGUCUUCUCUUUCUCUCUUCUUCUCCUUCUUUCUUCUCAUUCUCUUCUCCGUCUUCUCUUUCUCUCUUCUUUCUUCUCUCUUCUCCGUCUUCUCUUCUUGCUUCUUCUUUCUUCUCUUCUCUCUUCUCCUUUCUUCUCUUUCUCUUCUCCGUCUUCUCUUUCUCUUCUCCUCUCUUCUCCUCCUUCUCUCCUCUCCUCUUCUCCUUGGCCACCUUCCCGUCUUCCCUCUCUCGCCUCUUCCUCUCCUCACCCGAGGUGACUCGGAGACAUGCCCCUUGUCACAACCCGCGUUCCCUCUGCAGCCCAUCAGGCCCCAGCACUGUCCAUGGCUCGGCUGAUGUCCCUAUGGUGGGACGGGGCUGUCCCUGGAGCCCCCCACCCCAUGGCCCUGCAUGUCCCCCCCCAGUAAAGACCAAUGGAGCCGAU